GUGCUCGCCCCACAGACCCCUCCCCCCCUCUCACUCACCACGCCACGCGCGCCCCGCACAGCAGCAGCAGCAGCGGAGGCGGCGUCCCCAGACUCCCGUUUCUCUUUUCCCGCCAUUUUACAGCCUCACCACCCACUUCCCCUCAGCCACCCUCACAACACCCCCAAACCCGCAACCCGCAACCAACGCGCUCCAUUUAACUCCCAAGCCCUCACCACCACCACCCUCGCCUCGUCUCCAACCCGGCCUACAACCACGGCCUCCUUCGCCCGCCGAAAACGCCUUGGACCGGUCCAAUACCCGUACCGCGACUCCAUCGCCUCCUCAUCCUCCUCCACCUCCUCAUCCUCCACCUCGUCGCAUCGCCGCCGUCUCCUCACGCACACCGCCGCAUCUCCAGAACGCCGCCGCUAUUUCGCAGCAGCAGCAGUAGCAGCUGCUGCGUCAGCCGCUACUGAUUUGACCGCUGCGUUAUCGUCAACAACAACAACAACAGCAGCAUCGUCAACAACAACAACAACAGCAUCGGCAGCCAUGCCCAACAUCAAAGUGUUCAGCGGCUCGUCGCACCCCGACCUCUCGCAGCGCGUGGCGGACCGCCUCGGACUCGAGCUGGGCAAGGUGGUGACCAAGAAGUUCAGUAACCAGGAGACGUGCGUGGAGAUCGGCGAGAGCGUCCGCGGCGAGGACGUUUACAUCAUCCAGAGCGGCUCGGGCGAGAUCAACGACAACCUCAUGGAGAUGCUGAUCAUGAUCAACGCGUGCAAGAUCGCCUCGUCGUCACGCGUCACCGCCGUCAUCCCGUGCUUCCCGUACGCGCGCCAGGACAAGAAGGACAAGAGCCGUGCCCCCAUCUCCGCCAAGCUGGUGGCCAACAUGCUGUCCGUCGCCGGGGCUGACCACAUCAUCACCAUGGACCUGCACGCAUCACAGAUCCAGGGAUUCUUCGACAUCCCCGUAGACAAUUUGUACGCGGAGCCGGCGGUCCUCAAGUGGAUCAAGGAGCACAUCCCAGAGUGGAAGAACUGCAUCAUAGUGUCACCUGAUGCUGGCGGAGCCAAGAGGGUGACGUCUAUCGCCGACCGCCUCAACGUGGACUUUGCCCUCAUCCACAAGGAGCGCAAGAAGGCCAACGAGGUGGACCGCAUGGUGCUGGUGGGGGACGUGAAGGAUCGCAUCGCCAUCCUCGUGGACGACAUGGCCGACACCUGCGGCACCAUCUGCCACGCCGCCGACAAGCUGAUAUCGGCCGGAGCCACCAAGGUGUACGCCAUCCUCACGCAUGGCAUCUUUUCGGGGCCGGCCAUCUCGCGCAUCAACAACGCCGCCUUCGAGGCCAUCGUGGUGACCAACACUAUCCCCCAGGAGGACAAGAUGAAGCACUGCCCCAAGAUACAGGUGUGGAAGUGGUGGGGGGUG